UCUAGGUCGUUUGGGAAGCGCCUUGGAGAGUCAAGAAUAAAAUUGCAGGUCAAACAAUGGAUGACUGGAAAAGUCGGCUUGUAAUCAAGAGCAUGCUUCCCCAUUACGCCAUGGUGGGAAAUCGUCAGGAGCCCAGAAAGCUCCAGGAAUCGCCACAGGGCACCGUUAAGAGGAGACAAACAGAAGACAGCUUCCAGGAGUUUCCAGGCAUGGCUGAUGGGGGUUACCCUAAUAAAAUUAAGAGGCCCUGCCUUGAAGACGUCACCCUUUCUAUGGGCCCACGGGCCCAUCCCAGUGCCCCCUGUGCUGAGCUGCAGCUGCCCCCAUUGUCAAUGAACCCGGGUGUGACAGCUAUGGGAGUAACUGGCCAUUCGCACCUCCUUGAGAACAAUCCCAUGAACGGCAGCCCUAUGGGUUCACCAUUUGUGGUGCCCCCGACAGCAGAAAUGGGGCUUAAAGCACCCACUGUUCCUUACUAUGACAAAGUCAACAGCGUGCCGAGUAGUAUGCCAGCUGUAGACCAAGAACUUCAAGAUCUGCUGGAGGAGCUAACAAAAAUUCAAGAACCUUCUCCUAGUGAUCUAGAUCUUGAGAAGAUCCUGGGGAGCAAGCCAGAGGAACCGCUGGUCUUGGAUCAUCCCCCAGCAGCCGUAGGCCCAGCUCCCAAGCCUUCGGUGCACAUGCCACAACUGGAGGGCCUGGGUUCCAGCAAGGAGUUUGCUUCUAGCUGCAGCCAAGUGGCUGGCGUGUCACUUCACAUACCGCCCUCCUCUGCAGGGAUCAGCUACACGAUCCCUUCCACCAGUAAGCAGAUGGUCUCACCCAGUUCUUCGACAGCACAGACCAAGAACCAGGGCCAGGCGAUGCUCUCUGUCGUUGUGCCGCCACCUCAGUGGCAUCACGCUCACCAGCUGAAGGCCUUGGCAGCCAACAAGCAGGGAUCCGUCGCGAAGCAGCAAGGGCCCGCACCCAGUUGGUCUGGUCUGCCUCCACCAGGCCUCUCCCCCACCUACCACCCAGUGCCGUCACCACAUCCGCCACCACCAUUCAGCCCGCAGAGCCUCAUGGUGUCCUGCAUGUCAUCCAGCAACCUGCCGGGCAGCAGUCUGCAAGGCUCUCCCAAUGCCUUACUCGCAGGCAUGGCUACCAGCAGCAGCGCUGCCCUGGGGCCCAUCAUGCCCUACGUGUCCGAGAAGCUCCCCAGCCCAGCUCUGAGCCAGCAGUCACAGUUCAGCCCUCAGAGCUCCAUUCUUGCCAACCUGGUGUCCUCCAACAUCAAGAACCCCCAAGGACACUUGAUGUCUGCUCUGCCCACCAGCACCCCCGGGCCCUCGCCGCCCUAUCGCCCGGAGAAGCUCUCCAGCCCGGGCCUGCCACAGCAGUCCUUCACCCCUCAGUGCUCCCUGCUCCGGAGCCUCACACCCACCAGUACCCCGCGGAGCCAGCAGCAGCAGCAGCAGCAGCAGCAGCAGCAGCAGCAGCAGCAGCAGCAGCAGCAGCAGCAGCAAGCAAAUGCGAUCUUUAAGCCCAUGGCCUCCGGCUCCUCCAAAGCCCUGAGCCUGCUCAUGCAGCAGGGGUCGGCCAACCCCAGCCCAGGGGCCCCGGAGCCGUUUACUUUUGGCAACACCAAGCCCUUGUCCCAUUUUGUCUCUGAGCCGGGCCCCCAGAAGCUGCCCUCUGUGCCGGCCACCUCCAGGCACCCUUCCCUGCUCUACUACCUGCAGCAGCCGACGCCGACACAGGCCUCGUCUGCCACUGCCUCCUCCACCGCCACCGCCACCUUGCAGCUGCAGCAGCAGCAGCCUGACCAUUCUUCGAUCCUUCUGCAACAGAUGAUCCAGCAGCCCCAGCGCCUGCCGCGACCGCUGCCUUCAGAGCCCAGACAGGCCUGUUGCCAUCUGUUUGCAUGGACUUCUGCAGCUAGCUCGGUGGAGCGCCAGCACCAACACUGGGACCCUUUCACUAGCAGGCAAGAUGCUCAGCCUGGAGACGCAUCACCAUCUAUCAUUAGUCAUGUAGACAAAGCCUGCAAGCUUGGGGAAGCCAGGCCCCCCCAGGUCAGCCUCGGGCGGCAGCCCCCGUCCUACCAGGCGCUGGGGAGUGAGCCCUUUCUGCCCGGCAGCUCCUUUGCUCAUGAGCUGGCCCGAGUCACCUCCUCGCACAGCACCUCAGAGGCAGCGCCCUGGGGCGGCUGGGAUCCGAAGGCCUGGAGGCAGGUGCCUGGUCCACUGCUACCUAGCUGCGACGCUGCAGCCAGAGAAUCAGAGAGCAGGUCUUACGGCAAUGACCCCUGAACAGCGGAGUGCAUAUAUAGCCCAACAGAUGAGUCAGUUUCAAGCCGUCCAAGAACUAGUCACCUGCAAGUGCAGCCGGACCAAGGCAAGCCCCCACCCCAGCCAGCCCCUGACACCAUCCAGAAC